AUGUAUGGAAUAUGUCUGAUGUCUAUUCUGAUUAUUCUAUAUAGCGUGUUCUCCAUACAAGAGUGGUCAAAUAUAGAGACUUUUGACAUGGAAGCAAACGUGGAUAUACUAGAAGAAAUUCCGAUGUUGAUAAUCGCACUUCAGUAUGUUAUAUGUUUAAUGACCUACACUUGUGACAAGAUGAGUUCGAAACGCACCACUACUAAAAUAUUGGUCAACGAGUUAAUUAUGGACUAUAACUUGCCUAAUACAAUGAGAAUUCAAGCUAAAGCUUUUAUGGAAAUAAUCGAAUUACGGCCAUUGAAGAUAAUUGCUUACGAUAUGUUUCCUAUAGAUAUUAAGUUACUGCUUAAGUUUGUGAGCAUAUCUACGACGUACCUUAUAGUUAUCAUUCAAGUAUCGCACUUUCUGUAG